AAAAACACGCCACAAAUCAUCUGUCAAAAUAUAAAAUCGACACGUAAACGCGGCGUAAAUCGCCAAAAUAUCGCUAUAACUGAAAUGCAUUGACGAUACCGGUUUUGAAAUUGUAUUAUUUUAUAUCGCUGUAGAUUCAUACGUACUUAGUAAGUGCUGAUUAGGCCCAUAUGUUCCCGCAGACUGGGGAAAAGUAGUGCUCAAAAUGGUUCGGUCGGUCAUUUGCGAAACCUAUCUAGAAGAAUACUUGAAAAGUCUGUCUAAAAAGCAAGGAACCAGCGUUGGAUUACUUAUUGGACAGCCUUCCAACCACGGUAAGGACCACAUAAUCUACCUGAACAAAAUCAAAGAAGAUGACGGGCCGGAUCAAGAAAACAAGGGUCUGCUGGAUAUCGAAAAUCAGCAUGUUUCGCAGCAUGCCCUCGUCGAAACGCGCAUCCUACCAGGAGGGUUUUAUGUAAUGGGGAUCUUUGUUAUCUACCCGAAAAGCGUGUUCGAAGAUUCAGAUCUGCUGAGGAAAGUGAAAACAAUGUUGGUUGACAUCCGGCACACAUUCGACUCCAAUGUUUUAAUUCAGGGAAACUGUGACGAGUUAGAUGGCGGCGAAAAGCUGGUAUUUUAUUAUUCCUCCAGUAGUAAUAUUUUCGGUUGUAAGUCAAUAGCGCUUAAGUCGGACAACCUGUCAGUAAAACCGUGCGAUUGGAAGUUCCAAGAUCGAGCCACAAGCUGGCACGUCAUGAGUACAUAUUUCGAAACCGACGAAGUUUUUGUUUUGAAAAAGAAAACUGAAGAUCAGUACGACACGGAAGCCAACCUCACGAACUGUGUUGAAAAUGUGAGACAACAACUGGAAAAAAGUGUUGUGUUCUUCGAUGGUGGACCAAUUGAAGGGACGCAGUCUCUAGAGCAUGUUAUCAAAGCAAAGAAAAAUGACCAAUUCCUAGUUCACGUCUAUUCGCCAUCGCAUUCGCAACAAGACAUCUCUACUCGGAAAAUUGUGAACUUUGCGGGUACGAUGCAGUUUGAAGGAGUUGUGAGCUCAAAAGUAUUCGUUCAUCCCAAGAACACAAUUGCUGAGGUGGAGCGUUUCGUUAAAGUGGACAUUCUACGAUCGCUCAUGUCCCGCGUGCAGAUACACUGUGAUUCCCUGGUCCUGGCAGAGGAUCCCGUUCAGGACACGAUCAUGUUAAACGAAUUACCCCGCCGAAUCUACUUCCCUAUUCGUCCCAAAUCUAAUCCGAUCCUAUUCAGCGAAUACCUGUUCCGAGAGGAAUCGAAAGAAACAGCCAUUCCACAUAUCCGAGAAACGUUGGAUCUGUCGGUUACUCUUAAGGAAUUGAACGCAACGGUAGAGACCGUGCCGGAAAUCAAAGAAGAAGAGCAACACGACGCGAAAGAAUGCGAAACGGGUGGCGCUCGUAAGGGUGCGGAGAGACCUAAUGUGAUCGUGUUGGGUACAUUGUCUGCCAUUGUGGUUCUUAUUGUUGCGAUUAUAGCUUUCUAUGUAACGAAGUGAAUAGUCUAUUCUAAUUUUGUACUGUAUCGGGUUUUGUUCAUGUGUCCGAAAAGUAGAUAUACACUUUUUUUAACCGUGCUAAAAUAUAUUACCAUACAAAAAAUUGUUUCA